AUGUACAUUGAGGGCAUUAAGUGCCGGAUUUUCUCCACCACAUUGACUGGACCCGCCCAGCUAUGGUUUGGGACGCUCGCCCCAAAUUCCAUCUGUUCGUUUGACGAGUUACAAGUACGUUUUCUGAGACAGUUCGCGAGCUCGCGAAGGGUGGGGAAAUCAGCCAUCUCGCUGAUGGACAUUAAACAAGAUCAGAACGAAACUUUGCGGGAGUAUACUGCCAGGUUCAAUCUCGCUGCUCUGGAAGUGCCAGAGGCGGAAUCCCAAAUCAAGAAUUGUGCCUAUGUCAGAGGGCUAAAGCCGGGGCUCUUCUUUGAUGAGCUGCAAAUCAGACCGGCUAGGGACUUCGACGACAUCAUGUCUAGACUACCAGGGUAUUUACAGCUGGAGGAUGCCAGGAUGGCAAGAAAAGCCGAAAACGACAAACAUAAAGCUAAACGAGCCGAGCAAGCACCAGAGAAACAACGACACCAGGAUAGGGCUCCUUUCAGAGGGUUACCCCCGAGGGUACCUCCUCCCCAAGCAGAGGGACCACCUCGCCAGCAACGCACCGUGAAUGAAGUUACUCGUUUCGACGAGUACACCCCUUUGAACAAGACACCGGAGGAAAUCUUCCAUCUGAUCAAGAAUCAACCGUUUUUUAAGGCGCCUGGGACUUACAGAGAUGGGCAGCCCUAA